AUGGUAAUGGUAAUAGAGUCUAAUGGUAAUUGUAACGGUAAUGGUACCAGUAAUAGUAAUGGCAAUUCCACUGCUGAUGGCAAUUGUUAUGAAAAUGGUAAUGGUAAUGGCAAUGGCACUCUUAAAGGCAAUGGUAACGGUAAUGGUAAUAGUAUUGGUAAUGGUAACAGUAAUGAUAAAGGUAAUAGUAAUGGUAAUGGCAAUAGUAAUGGUAAUAGUAUUAGUAAUAAUGGUAACGGUAAUGAAAACGGCAAUGGUAUUGUAAUGGUGAUGGUAGCGGUUAUGGGACUGUUAUGUAAUGGUGAUGGUGACUGUAUUGGUAACAGUAAUGGUAAUGGUCAAGGUAAUAGUAAUAGUAAUGGUAAUAGAAACACCGAUCCCUCCUGUCAGCAGAGCUAA